AUGCGUACACUUCGUGACUCACCCAUCAACCGCUGGCUCGUGCAGCUUCAAAUUCCCAAGCUGCAUCCAUGGAGGCUUUUGGCUGCACUAUUGCGGUCGCCCAGCCGUGUUUUGGACGGCGUGACGGCUAGUCAUCAUCGCUAUUUGGACCGAGCAACAGCUGCUGUGACACAAAAUCCAGCUUUGUUUCCUAACGGAUUUUUUUCCGAGGGGUGGGGAGAUCUGAGUACUCCCCAGCGGAUUCGAGACUUACUUCACAGCCGACGGAUAAAUGAGGUCGUGCGGUUGCGCGAAGGGGAACUAACAUGGGGUACCGUGCGAAGGUUGGCAAUAGCCGAAGUGGUACGGCGAGAAGGUCAUUUCCAGAGCACGUUGGCAAAUGCAGAGCAAAUGCUACCUAAGGAAAGUCUCAACGCCUUUUGUGAACUGGUCACUCCGUUGGAAUGGGAACGAAAAAAUGCGACGAUCCCACAAGGGACAAACAAUCGACCUCUUGUGUUGCUAUUACCGGGAACGGGAGAGCACGGGUUCUUGCAUCGAAGGACGUCUGUGGCUAUUCCAUUGGCAAAACGAGGACUCGCUACGUUAAUUUUGGAAGGACCUUUUUACGGCAAGCGCAAACCACCUCAGCAAAAAGGGUCGAAGCUGCGAAGGGUAAGUGAUCUGCCAACCCUAGGCCAAGCAACGAUAGAAGAAGCCAAGUCCCUGUUGCAGUACUUCCACGAUUACCACGGUUUCUCACAAUUGAUAGUAGCUGGUAGCAGUAUGGGUGGACUGCAUGCUGCUAUGGUCGCAUCCGUGUUUCCUGGGGAUGUGGGAGUUACAGCCUGGUUGGCCCCACCGUCAGCCGUCCCUGUGUUUGCAGACGGAUUGCUUUCAGGAUCUUGCAAUUGGCGCUCGCUUUACAAACAACACGAGUUGCUAUUGCUGGAUAAAAUGCUUACAGGUCACGCCAUAGCAGAGUCGUGUGAAAAUCAGAUAGAUGGUGCUUCCGACGCUGGAAAAGAUCGAGCCGAAUUUUUUGACCUGGCACUAGAUCCAGUGCAGGAAGUCAAGAAGCGCAUGAGAUUGUUCCUCUCCAUUACGGAUAUCGACAAUUUCUUACCUCCGCGACGUUCAGAUGCCGUUGUCUUUGUGUACGGCACCGAAGACGAGUACAUCGGCUUCAAGGAGUCUCAGUGGGAGCGCAUGCGCGAGCAAUGGAGAUCAGCCCACUUUAGGACGAUAAAGGCAGGCCACGUUAGCGGUAUAUUGCUAGAGCAAGCAGCCUACCGCGAGACAAUCUUGGAGGUCGUUGGUCUGUUAAAGAACCGAAGUUUAGUAGCAGAGUCCUCGUCAAACGGCACUGGCUCGUCAGACUAA